AUGGGGUUCCUGCACCAGCUCCAUCUCCUGCUCUGGAAGAACGUGACGCUGAAGCGGCGCAGCCCGUGGGUGCUGGCUUUUGAGAUCUUCAUCCCCCUGGUGCUCUUCUUCAUCCUCCUGGGGCUGCGGCAGAAGAAGCCGACCAUCCCUGUGAAGGAAGUCUCUUUCUACACGGCGGCCCCGCUCACCUCGGCUGGGAUCCUGCCCGUCAUGCAGUCCCUGUGCCCUGACGGCCAGCGUGACGAGUUCGGCUUCCUGCAGUACUCCAACUCCACGGUGACGCAGCUCCUGGAUCACCUCAGCGAAGUGGUGGAGCAGAGCAGCCUCUUCGACCCGCAGCACCCGGGGCUGGAGGAAGAGUUGGAGUCGCUGCGCCGGCGCCUGGAGGCACUCAGCAGCAGUGAGCCCAGCUCCAUGGAGACUCACUUCAGCAACCGAGCAGGAUCCGGCUUCACGCUGGCGUGGGCGGCCAAGGACCGGGGCGAGCUGCACCGCUUCCUGACGCAGAACCUGUCCCUCCCCAACAGCACGGCCGAACUGCUCCUGGGCUCCAGCGUUGACCUGCAGGAGGUGUACCGCCUGUUCUUUGGUUCCUUUCCUUUGGUACCCGAUGAGACCCAUGAGCGAGACCUGUGGGAUGGGUUUGGCCCUGGUGAGAAGAUGAUGCAGCUGGAGAAGAGCCUCCCCAGCGGCUGGAGGAGCCUGCGGGAAGGGCUGGUCCACAGGGCUCUGCAGGACCCCACGGCAGCCCCACGCCGGCCGGCACUGCUCCGCCUGCUCUCCCAGGCCCUGGGCCUCGCCAGUGCUGCCCCAGCACUCACCACCUCCGACAGCCCCCAAGCCUUCGUCAGCGAGAUGGAGGGUGUCCUCUUCACCGGGCCAGUGCUGGAGCAGCUGACGUGCGAGCAGAGCCCGGGGGGGCUGCGCCGCCUCCUGCGCGUGGGCCCCGGGCAGCAGCCGCUGCUGCAGGCUUACCGGGCGCUGGCCUGCAACGGCAGCCGGGCCGCCCGCCGGGAGCGCUUCGCCCAGCUGGCUGCCGAGCUCCGGGACCAGCUGGAUACCCCCAAGAUCGUCAGCAGGCUGAAGCUGGACGAGGUGAACAGCACGGCCGCCCAGCACCGCCUCCGCGCCCUCCUGGAGGACCUGGUGGAGAUGGAGAAGGUUCUCCGUGAUGUGGACAUCCUGUCGGCACUGGCCAAGCUGCUGCCCAAGGGAGCCUGUGCCAGCAAGGCCCCGCCGCCCACUGCCAACAGCACCAGCUGGGCCAGCGCCAACGCCACAGCCGGUAACGCCACGGCAGAGGAGGAGGGCGCCGGGGGGGCCCGGCUGGGCGACAACCCCCAGGGGCAGUUCUCGGCGUUCGUGCAGCUCUGGGCCGGGCUGCAGCCCAUCCUCUGCGGCAACAACCGGACGAUCGAGCCUGAGGCGCUGAAGCAGGGCAACAUGAGCUCGCUGGGCUUCACCAGCAAGGAGCAGCGAAACCUGGGCCUCCUCGUGCAUCUGAUGACCAGCAAUCCCAAAAUCCUGUACGCGCCCGUGGGCACCGAAGUGGACAAGGUCAUCCUGAAGGCCAACGAGACCUUCGCCUUUGUGGGCAACGUCACCCACUACGCCAAGGCGUGGCUGAACAUCUCCCCCGAGAUCCGUGCCUACCUGGAGGAGGGCAGGCUGCAGAGGCGCAUCCGCUGGCUCCAGCAGUUCACUGCUGACCUCCACAAGCACCCAGAGAUCCUGAAUGUCUCUGACAGUGAUGUUCUCCACAACUUCCUCAACGGCAACUUCUCCCUGCCCAACGCCAGCGUCCUGCUCCAGCAGCUGGACACCAUCGACAAUGCUGCCUGCGGCUGGGUCCACUUCAUGGCCAAGGUCAGUGUGGACGUCUUCAAAGGCUUCCCAGAUGAGGAAAGCAUCGUCAACUACACGCUGAACCAGGCCUACCAGGACAACGUCACGGUCUUUGCCAGCGUCAUCUUCCAGACCAACAGGGACGGCUCGCUUCCCCCACACGUCAUGUACAAGAUCCGGCAGAACUCCAGCUUCACGGAGAAGACCAAUGAGAUCCGGCGGGCGUACUGGCGGCCUGGCCCCAACACCGGCGGCCGCUUCUACUUCCUCUACGGCUUCGUCUGGAUCCAGGACAUGAUGGAACGCGCCAUCAUCAACACGUUUGUUGGCCACGAUGUGGUGGAGCCUGGCAACUAUGUGCAGAUGUUCCCGUACCCGUGUUAUACCCGGGAUGACUUCCUCUUCGUCAUCGAGCACAUGAUGCCCCUGUGCAUGGUGAUCUCCUGGGUCUACUCAGUGGCCAUGAUGAUCCAGCACAUUGUGACUGAGAAGGAGCAUCGCCUGAAAGAGGUGAUGAAGAUGAUGGGCUUGAACAACGCGGUGCAUUGGGUGGCUUGGUUCAUCACCGGCUUUGUCCAGCUCUCCAUCUCGGUCACGGCACUCACUGCCAUCCUGAAGUAUGGCAAGGUCCUGAUGCACAGCGAUGUCCUCAUCAUCUGGCUCUUUCUUGCCAUCUAUGCAGUGGCCACCAUCAUGUUCUGCUUCCUGGUGUCGGUGCUCUACUCCAAGGCCAAGCUGGCCUCCGCCUGUGGCGGCAUCAUCUAUUUCCUCAGCUACGUGCCCUACAUGUACGUGGCCAUCCGGGAGGAGGUGGCACAUGACAAGAUCACGGCCUUUGAAAAGUGCAUCGCGUCUCUCAUGUCCACCACAGCCUUCGGGCUGGGCUCCAAGUACUUUGCACUGUAUGAGGUGGCCGGUGUGGGCAUCCAGUGGCACACCUUCAGCCAGUCGCCUGUGGAAGGAGACGACUUCAACCUCCUGCUGUCCAUGAUGAUGCUGAUUGUGGAUGCUGUGGUGUACGGGGUGCUCACGUGGUACAUUGAGGCUGUGCACCCGGGCAUGUUCGGCUUGCCGCGGCCCUGGUACUUCCCCUUCCAGAAGUCCUACUGGCUGGGCAACGGGCGAGUGGAGACCUGGGAGUGGACCUGGCCCUGGUCCCGUACCACCCGCCUCAGCAUCAUGGAGGAGGAUCAGGCCUGUGCCAUGGAGAGCCGGAGGCUGGAGGAGACACGGGGCAUCGAGGAGGAGCCGACCCACCUCCCCUUGGUUGUCUGCAUUGACAAGCUCACCAAGGUCUACAAGACGGACAAGAAGCUGGCGCUGAACAAGCUGAGCCUCAACCUCUAUGAGAACCAGGUGGUGUCCUUCCUGGGGCACAACGGCGCGGGCAAAACCACCACCAUGUCCAUCCUCACUGGCUUGUUCCCUCCGACCUCGGGCUCUGCUACCAUCUAUGGCCACGAUAUCCGGACGGAGAUGGAUGAGAUCCGGAAGAACCUGGGCAUGUGUCCCCAGCACAACGUGCUCUUCGACAGGCUGACGGUGGAGGAGCACCUCUGGUUCUACUCACAGCUCAAGAGCAUGGCGGAGGAGGAGAUCCGCAAGGAGAUGGACAAGAUGAUUGAGGACCUGGAGCUCUCCAACAAACGCCACUCCCUGGUGCAGACCCUCUCGGGGGGCAUGAAGAGGAAGCUGUCGGUGGCCAUUGCCUUCGUGGGUGGGUCGCGGGCCGUGAUCUUGGAUGAGCCCACAGCCGGCGUGGACCCGUAUGCACGGAGGGCUAUCUGGGACCUCAUUCUCAAGUACAAGCCAGGGAGGACCAUCCUGCUCUCCACGCACCACAUGGAUGAGGCCGACCUGCUGGGUGACCGCAUCGCCAUCAUCUCCCACGGCAAGCUCAAGUGCUGCGGCUCCCCGCUCUUCCUCAAGAGCACCUACGGUGAUGGCUACAAGCUGACAGUGGUGAAGAAGCAGUCGGACACCAGGAACGGCACAGAGCCAGGCCAGCUGCACAGCCCCCCAGCCCACUCCUCGGUCAGCCCCUGCUCUGAGCCUCGCGUCUCCCAGUUCAUCAAGAAAUACGUGGCCUCCUGCCUCCUCAUCUCGGACACCAACACUGAGCUCUCCUACAUCCUGCCCAGCGAGGCCGUCAAGAAGGGCUGCUUCGAGAGGCUCUUCCAGCACUUGGAGCAGAGCCUGGAGGAGCUGGACCUCACUAGUUUUGGGCUGAUGGACACCACGCUGGAGGAGGUCUUCCUGAAGGUGUCUGAGGAGGACCAGUCUCUGGAGAACAGCGACGUGGACAUGAAGGAGUCCAAGAAGGACCUCCUUGCCGAAGCGGCCGUGCCGGAGAAGCCUGAAGUGGAGCUCAGCAACCUGGUGACCUGCUCCAAGCUGGCGCAGUCGCAGGCAUCCCUGCACUCGGCAUCCUCGGUGGGCUCUGUGCGGGGCGACGAAGGUGGGGCUUAUUCCGAAUUCUUUGGGGAUUAUGCGCCCCUGUUCGAUAACCGGCAGGACCCCGAUAACAUCAGUCUGCAAGAGGUGGAAGCAGAGGACCACGACCUGGCCGGGCAGGGGAGCUUCAAGCUGGAGGGCUCGUGGCUGAAGCUGCGCCAGUUCCACGGGCUGAUCGUCAAACGCUUCCACUGUGCCAAGCGCAACACCAAGGCCCUCUUCUCGCAGAUCCUCCUGCCCGCCUUCUUUGUCUGCGUGGCCAUGACGGUGGCGCUCUCCGUGCCCGAAAUAGGUGACCUGCCGCCCCUCAUCCUCUCACCAUCGCAGUACCACAACUACACCCAGCCCAAGGGCAACUUCAUUCCUUACGCCAACGAGGAGCGGCGUGAGUACCGCAUCAGGCUGUCUCCUGACGCCAGCCCCCAGCAGCUGGUGAACACCUUCCACCUGCCCUCCGGCGUGGGGGCCACCUGUGUGCUCAAGACAGCCUUCAACAACACGCUGGACCAGCCCAUGCAGACCCUCAACCUCAACAGCAAUGAGUCCAAGAUGCUGGCGGCCAAGUACUUCGACGCCAUGUGCAUUGACUCCUUCACCCAGGGCCUGCCGCUCUCCAACUUUGUGCCGCCGCCUCCAUCCCCGGCCCCCUCUGACUACCCCGUCUCGGUGGAUGAGGACCUGCUCCGUGCCUGGAACUCCACGACCUUCUCCUCCACCGUCAAAGAGACCGUGACCUCGGCCCCCGCCCUGCCCCGCAUCGUCCACGAGCCCAUCAAGUGCACAUGCUCCAUGCAGGGGACCGGCUUCUCCUGCCCCAGCGGCGUGGGGGGCCACCCCCCGCAGAUGAAGGUGGUGACGGGGGACAUCCUGGCAGACAUCACAGGGCGCAACGUCUCCGAGUAUCUGCUCUACACCUCGGACCGCUUCAGGCUGCAUAGGUACGGGGCACUCACCUUCGGCAACGUCCAGAAAUCCAUCCCGGCCUCCUUCGGGGCCAGGGCCCCUGCCACGGUGCGCAAGAUCGCUGUCCGGAGAACUGCCCAGGUCUUCUACAACAACAAGGGCUACCACAGCAUGCCCACCUACCUCAACGCUCUCAACAACGCCAUCCUACGAGCCAACUUGCCCAAGAGCAAAGGCAACCCUGCUGCCUAUGGCAUCACGGUCACCAACCACCCCAUGAACAAGACAAGCGCCAGCCUGUCCCUGGAUUACCUCCUGCAAGGCACAGACGUGGUGAUUGCCAUCUUCAUUAUCGUGGCCAUGUCCUUUGUGCCAGCCAGCUUCGUGGUGUUCCUGGUGGCCGAAAAGGCCACCAAGGCCAAACACCUGCAGUUCGUGAGCGGCUGUGACCCCGUCAUCUACUGGUUGGCCAACUACGUGUGGGACAUGCUGAACUACCUGGUGCCGGCCACGUGCUGCAUCAUCAUCCUGUUCGUGUUCGACCUCCCGGCGUACACUUCUCCCACCAACUUCCCCGCCGUCCUCUCCCUCUUCCUGCUCUACGGCUGGUCCAUCACCCCCAUCAUGUACCCUGCCUCCUUCUGGUUUGAGGUGCCCAGCUCUGCCUAUGUCUUCCUCAUCGUCAUCAACCUCUUCAUCGGCAUCACGGCCACCGUCGCCACGUUCCUGCUGCAGCUCUUUGAGCACGACAAGGAUCUGAAGGUGGUGAACAGCUACCUGAAGAGCUGCUUCCUUGUAUUCCCUAAUUACAACCUGGGCCAUGGCUUGAUGGAGAUGGCCUACAACGAGUACAUCAACGAAUACUAUGCCAAGAUCGGGCAGUUCGAUAAAAUGAAAUCGCCCUUCGAAUGGGACAUCGUGACGCGGGGGCUCGUUGCCAUGACAAUCGAAGGCUUUGUCGGAUUCUUCAUCACCAUCAUGUGCCAGUACAACUUCUUCCGGAAGCCCCAGCGGCUGCCCGUCUCCACCAAACCCAUCGAGGAUGACAUCGAUGUGGCCAACGAGCGGCACCGCGUCCUGCGUGGCGAUGCCGACAACGACAUGCUGAAAAUUGAAAACCUCACCAAGGUGUACAAGUCCCGCAAGAUCGGGCGCAUCCUGGCCGUGGACCGGCUGUGCGUGGGCGUGCGGCCCGGGGAGUGCUUCGGGCUGCUGGGCGUCAACGGCGCGGGCAAGACGACCACCUUCAAGAUGCUGACGGGGGACGAGAGCACCACGGGCGGAGAGGCCUUCGUUAAUGGGCACAGCAUCCUGAAGGAGCUCCUGCAGGUCCAGCAGAGCUUGGGCUACUGCCCCCAGUUCGACGCGCUCUUCGACGAGCUGACGGCCCAGGAGCACCUGGAGCUCUACACCCGCCUGCGCGGCAUCCCCUGGAAGGACGAGGAGCGGGUGGUCAAGUGGGCGCUGAAGAAGCUGGAGCUGACCAAGUAUGCCGACAAGCCCGCCAGUACCUAUAGCGGAGGCAACAAGAGGAAGCUGUCCACAGCCAUCGCGCUGAUCGGAUACCCGGCCUUCAUCUUCCUGGAUGAGCCCACCACAGGGAUGGACCCCAAGGCACGGCGCUUCCUCUGGAACCUCAUCCUGGACGUCAUCAAAACGGGUCGCUCCGUGGUGCUCACGUCCCAUAGCAUGGAGGAGUGCGAGGCGCUCUGCACCCGCCUGGCCAUCAUGGUGAACGGGCGGCUCAAGUGUCUUGGCAGCAUCCAGCACCUGAAGAACCGGUUCGGAGAUGGCUACAUGAUCACGGUGCGCACCAAGUCCAGCCUCAACGUCAAGGAGGUGGUGAGGUUCUUCAACCGCAACUUCCCCGAGGCCAUCCUCAAGGAGCGGCACCACACCAAGGCCCAGUACCAGCUGAAGUCGGACCAGAUCUCGCUGGCGCAGGUCUUCAGCAAGAUGGAGCAGGUGGUGGAUGUGCUGGGCAUCGAAGACUACUCUGUCAGCCAGACCACGCUGGACAACGUGUUUGUGAAUUUUGCCAAGAAGCAAAGCGACAACCUGGAGCAGCAGGAGACGAGCCCCAGCUGCGCCCUGCAGUCGCCCCUGGAGCGCGUGCUGAGCCUGCUGCGCCCCCGGGCCGCUCCCACGGAGCUGCGGGCCCUGGUGGUGGAGGAGCAGGAGGACCUGGAGACUGAUGACGAAGGCCUCAUCAGCUUCGAGGAGGAGAGGGCUCAGCUCUCGUUCAACACGGACACGCUGUGCUGAGACCCGGGG